AUGGAGCAGUCACAGUGUGGCAGCAGAGACCGCGGCGGCAGCGGCCGACCCCCGCUGGCCCCGGGGCUGGUGGCGGCGGCCCCUCCGCCCCCGGCUCCGGCGUUGCCGGGACCCCCGGGGAUACCCGUUCCUGCAACUUUCCUGCGGCCGCCGAGCCUUUUCCUGCGGGCAGCCGCCGCCGCCGCCGCCGCCACCACGGGGAAUGGAGGCUGCCCGCCGGCUCCCGGGCUGGAGAGGGGGGCACGCGCGGUGGGCUGCGGCUACCCGCGGACGCCCAAGUGCGCCCGCUGUCGCAACCACGGCGUCGUGUCGGCGCUCAAGGGCCACAAGCGCUUCUGCCGCUGGCGGGACUGCGCGUGCGCCAAGUGCACCCUGAUCGCCGAGCGCCAGCGCGUCAUGGCCGCCCAGGUGGCGCUGCGCAGGCAGCAGGCCCAGGAGGAGAGCGAGGCCCGGGGGCUGCAGAGGCUCCUGUACCCGGGACCCUCGGGGCCCGGCGCUCCGACGUCCGGAGGCAGCGGCGGAACCGAGACUCCCCAGGCCGCGAGCGGCCCUGCGGCAGUGACUGCGAUGGGGCUGGGGGCCUUGAGACGGGCUGGGGCUCUGGCGAGCCCUGCGUUCGAGGUUUGCCAGCCAGAUUAUACAGAGGGACAACAAGAACAAAAAGAGAGUAAAUGUGACUCAUGCCAGAGUGGACAAGAAGAACUGGUGUCUAAAUCCCAUCAACUAGCCCUGGGAUCAUCUCCUAAGUCUAAUGGUGUCACUGGAAAACAAAACGUCAGGUCAACUCUUUCAGAAAACUCAAACAAGGAUGCUGGCAUCCAGUCUCCUCUUGGUGGGGAGCAAUCGGGAGGUGAAGAGAGCCCCGGGUCCCUGUCAUCGUCUGAUCUGGAAUCAGGAAAUGAAAGUGAGUGGGCCAGAGACUUCACUGCUACCAGAGCCAGCCUCCCGGCAGUGUCCCCAAGACCAAGAGACCCUCUUGAUAUCCUUACCAAGAUUUUCCCAAGUUACAGACGCAGCCGGCUGGAAGUCAUUCUACAGUUCUGCAAAGGGGAUGUGGUCCAAGCCAUUGAACAGGUCCUAAAUGGGAAAGAACACAAACCAGAUCCCAGGGACCUAGCAAGCUCAGGAGAACUGGAAAAGACAGCUUUUCAGAAAGCUUCGAAUUUUAGUUUUGCUGGAAUUGGUUUUGGAACUCUAGGGAAUAAAUCAGCUUUCUCUCCUCUUCAAACUACUUCUCCUUAUGGAGGUGACUCCAGUCUCUACAGCUUAAAUCCUAGACUAGGUAUCAGUCCAUUACGCCUGGCAUAUUCCUCUCCAGGAAGAGGGCUAUCUGGUUUCAUGUCUCCCUACCUAACUCCUGGGUUGGUACCAGCGUUGCCUUUUCGGCCAGCUUUGGAUUAUGCCUUUUCAGGGAUGAUUAGAGAUUCUUCCUACCUUCCCAGCAAAGACUCAGUAACUGGUGGAAGACUGUAUUCCAGGCCAAAUCAGGACAAUCUGUAAUGCAUCUGCCUAUUCUCACUCUCUGGAGUAAUUCUAGAAGCAUGCAGUACAGCCCUCACACCCACAUCUAUUAAUGUGUUCACUGUGUCUGUAAGUGGAUUACCAGGCCUUAAAAAUGCUAUUUUUUUUUCAAAAGCAAUAUGAUAAACUUGAGAUCUAAAGACUCUUCUUUAGCAUUUAUUAAGUGAAAUAAGCAUUUAAAUAUUAUAUGUGCCUUGAAUAAAGCCAUUUCUGGAAAUGUUUUUACUUUAAACUAAUGAAUUUUCUCCCUUAAAUAUCAAUUGUAAAAUCCCUGUUUUAAAACUAUGCUUGUUUUUAUUUUAUUGAAAAGUAGAGUUUAUAGUUGUAAAAUACAUUUGUAAGUGUAAAGCAAUCCACCAUUAUAUAAAAUGAACCAAAAGGAAGAAGUUAAAAAUUGAGAUAAUUCUAAAUAAUUAUUUUAAACUUUGUGUUUCCUUCUGUUCCUUGU